GCCUCUUCCCGUCUACAAUUAUUUUAUUCGCAUAAGCAAUAUUUUCAUUUAAUUUUUUUAAGGGAGUGUCUCUUUUUAAUCAAGUAAGUACAAUGGACGAAGAAAUACCAGAUGCUGAAUCAAGAAACUACAUAUCCUGCUUGGCGUGGGUUAAACAAGGAGUUGCCGCUAAAGUGCCAGACAAGAUCGAGUUAUCAGCUAAGGAACUGCAAGCUAUUAUUCAGGAUGCACAGUCCGAGUUACAGGAAUUAAAAGCCGAAGAUGAUAGCGAUGAAGAUGCUGAUACCGAAGGUGGUAAAGAUAAAAAGAAAAAGAAAAAAACAGAGGACGAAGAGAUGGAUGAUGAUGGAUCGAUUAAUGCUGCAGACGAAUUUAAUUUUGACAACUACGACGAGGAGUCUGGAGAUAUUUACUGUAACAUGGAUAGACUAGCUAUUUUGGAAGACGGCAAAGAUCCAAACAUAACAGUAGCAGAUGAGGAUGACAAUGAUUCCGAGAAAGAAGAUGACAUUAUCAAGCCUCAUGAUAAUCUUCUGCUGGUAGGUCACAUAGUGGAUGAAGCUAGUAUUUUGGAAGUGUAUAUUUACAAUGAAGAAGAAAGUUCUUUUUAUUGUCACCAUCAUGACUACCUUUCUUAUAUCCCAUUGUGCUUCGAAUGGCUUGACUUUGACCCAGGAGAACAGAAACCUGGUAAUUUGUGCGCAAUAGGAAAUGAUACGCCAAUUAUUGAAGUAUGGGAUUUGGAUGUAGUUGGGGCCGUGGGUCCAGUAUUUAAGUUGGGCAAAAAACCAAAUAAAAAAAAAAAAAUCAAACGUAUUGGACAUAAAGAUGCAGUUCUGGACUUGGCAUGGAAUCAAACUCAUCAUCACAUUUUAGCAAGUGGCUCUGCAGAUCGUACUGUACUAUUGUGGGACUUGGAAAACGGCACUCCAAGCUCAAAAUUUAGUCCUUUUGAAGGAGUGGUUCAAUCAAUAAAGUGGCAUCCUACAAAAGCUCAUUUGCUUCUCACUGGUGGCAUGGAUAAAAAAGUAAGACUAUUUGAUGGAAAAACUGAACAAGCAAAGGUGUGGCAAGCCUCUGGUGAAGUAGAAAAAGUUGUUUGGAAUCACUAUGAUCCUAACACGUGUUUCAUAAGCACUGAUAAUGGAUUUAUUGAAUGCAUUGAUAUUAGGCAAGAUAAUCCAUUGUGGCAAAAGCAAGUUCAAGAAGAAGAAAUAGCAGGUUUAUCAAUGAGUGCAUCAUGUCAAGGACUGUUAAUUAGUUCUAAUAAAAAUGGAGCUAUCAAAGUUUGGGAUGUUAAAAAUCAUCUAGAGCCUCAAUUAGUUUUUGAAAAACAAUCUAAUUUAGGCCAAAUAAUUUGUUUGGAAGCUUCUUGUAACAGUCCUUAUAUAUUUGCUGUUGGUGGUGACAACAAAGCUCAUAAUUUAAAUGUUCUUGACUUUUCGACUAUUAACGAAGUCGCUGAGAAAUUCAAAGAUCGAGCACCAAUUACAUCCCGAGUCAAUAGCGCGUUAAGAACACAAAGGGAACACAACGAAAGUAUGAUGGAUGUCACACAAGAUUUGGGAUCCAUUGCCUUAGGGUCACUGAACUCUAAAAAACUUAUCAAAAAGAAAAAGAAACCUAGACACCGAGAUCUAUACAAAAAAUAAGUGUAAGCUUAUGUUUUUCUGUAAAUAGAUACGUUGUUAUCAAUUGGUAGGAAACAUUUU